UAUGCAUCAUAGUGCCAAUAAAAUUAUGCUAUAGAAUUUAGUGAAAACAAUUUAUCACAUAUUAUUCAAAGAAUCUUUGCGAUGAAUAAAUAAAUGUUGUUGAUAAUAAUAUAAUGUUUGAACAAUGGUUGACGUCUCUUGAAAUUCCGAAAAGUAGUACAUAGCAAAAAUAAAUAUAUUUUAUAAUGAGAUGAUAGUCAAUUUUCAUAUUUCCCGCAACUGGACGAAAACGAAGUAGCAUCGAUGCGCGCCGUGUUGUGUAAAUCGAUGCGCCUCGGCCGCGGGCUUUUAGCUACUUUUAGCCCACUCCAAUUUUUCUGCGUCCCGAUUUACGGGCUUUUUGCUUCUGCUGAACUCUUGGAGACUUAACAAUGUACGGCUUGAAAAAUUGAAAUGUUCAAUGAAGGUGUUUUAUCUGAAAAUAUCGCGUUUUAUAAAUUAUAUUCUUGAAUAAGCUGGUGAAUUUGUUUUAAUAAAUCAAGGGGAUAUGAUUUUGGUUUUUCACCAUUUAAGUAUUGGCUCAUCUGAUAUCAAACAAUUCGUAAAGGGAUUAACAUGCCAUUUGUAAUGUCAAUAAUUAACAAGGUUUCAUUAUCCCCGAUAAUUUGCGUUCGGCAAUACGGGAAAUUAUACACACAGGCUGCAUAAUCAUAUUGAAUAAUGAGAAUUAACGCUACAAAAAUGAGUACUCCGAUCGAGGAGAAGAUUGAUCAGAAGUUGAAGGUGAGGACUGGAAUGGUAAGUGUUAGCGAUGGAAAGAGUAAACCUGUGCCAAUGCGUUUACAUCUAUCUAUGGAGGUAUUGAAGCUUCAAAGAGAAGAUUUAGAGCAGUCAGCGAAUCACAAUAAACCACCUUUGGAUGCUAAGGAAAGAAUGGUGCAAAUUAUUAGACAAAAAGUUGGAGGAUUAGGACUCAGCAUAAAAGGGGGAGCAGAACAUAAGCUUCCUGUUCUUAUAUCUAGAAUAUAUAAAGGUCAAGCAGCUGACCAAUGUGGUCAGUUGUUUGUAGGAGAUGCAAUUAUUAAAGUAAAUGGAGAAUACAUAACUGCAUGCAAUCAUGAUGAUGCAGUGAAUAUUUUGAGAAAUGCUGGUGACAUAGUUGUUUUAACAGUAAAACAUUAUAGAGCAGCAAAACCAUUUCUACAGAAAAAUGAAAAAGAAGAAAAAUUAGAUAAUGUUGCGAAUGGUGGUUCAGAAGAUGAAUGGUUAUCACCUAACAGACAAGUUGGUACUCCUAGAUGUGGUCAUAGUCGACAAAACUCAAAUGCAUCUGUCUCUUCGAUGCAGUGUAAAAAAUGGGUGGAUGUUAUAACAGUUCCAUUAAUGAUGGCUUAUGUAACAAGAUACAUCUUUGGAACAGAUAAAUUAAGAAGGAAUGCAUUUGAAGUAAGAGGAUUAAAUGGUGCACGCACUGGUGUAAUACACUGUGAUGAUAGUGCCAUUUUAAGUCAGUGGCUCAAGUACAUAACUGAUAAUAUUACUGGUUUAACGCAUUUACAGAUGAAAUUAUAUAAUCGUAAUUUUGGAGUUGGAGAACGAAUUGAAUACAUGGGGUGGGUGAAUGAGGCAGUAAGCAAUAGUAACCAACCAUGGCAAAGUUAUAGACCAAGAUUUUUAGCUUUAAAAGGACCGGAUUUAUUAUUAUUUGAAACACCUCCUUGUAAUAUAGGAGAUUGGUCACGAUGUGCAUUAACUUUUAAAGUAUAUCAAACAAUGUUUCGUGUAAUGCGAGAAUCUGAAAAUGUAGAUGAAAGGCAACAUUGCUUUUUAGCACAAAGUCCUGGUAAGCCUCCACGAUAUCUCAGUGUUGAAACUAGACAAGAACUCUUAAGAGUUGAAGCAGCAUGGCAUACUGCGGUGUGUUCAGCUGUUACGCACUUAAAAAGUAAAACCUUUCCGGUUACUUUUAACGGUAGAACUGCAGGAUUGACGUUAGAAUGGACUCAAGGUUUUACACUUUCUUAUGAAGAUAUUGGAGAAAUUAUAUGGCGUUAUAAAUUUUCUCAAUUGAGAGGUUCUAGCGAUGAUGGAAAAAGCAGAUUAAAAUUGCAUUUUCAAGAAUCCGAUAGCAUCGCUAUCGAAACUAAGGAAUUGGAAUGUUCUCAGUUGCAAAAUUUAUUAUUCUGUAUGCACGCAUUUUUAACUGCAAAAGUUGCUGCCGUUGAUCCAACAUUUUUAACAUCAACAACACCAUAACUCGAAAAGCAUUGCGGUGAGUCUUUAUGAAGUUUAAUGUUGUUAGCAAGAGUCAAAAUAGUCAAAAAUGCAAAUACAAGAAAGUAUUGUUCUUAGGCAACCAUUUGUUAGACUACAAAUACUAAAGUAAUUCCAAUACAAGUCAAUGCAUCCAAGAAGCAAUUGUAACUACAUAUUACAGUUAUUAAAUGCUAAAUAUGUUACAAUCUUCUAUAAUGAUAUUGCUGUUUUUUUAUUGUAUGUAUACAUCGCAUGUAUUCUAUAGUUAAAUUUAGAUUAUAUUAAAAUCUGCACAACUACAUUAUAUAGAUAAGUAAGACAACAGGAUAUCAAACUGCAACAGUUAAAUAUAACAUUAAAUCAAUUUAUUUCACAUUAGUUAAUACUUUAAAGAUCUUUUAAAAAUUCAGUCAUUGAAGAACCUGCUAGAGAAUUCAUAAUUUACAAACAUUAGAAUUAGAUAUGUACUUUAAAAUAAAUGCAUACAUUAUUAACUGUGCAUAACAAACAAGAUUCAAAUCAUAAGCAAAAUUCAUACCGUCGUAACUUAUUAAACAAUUCAUUAUUAUUAAGCAUUUUGUUAAAAUUUUAUAAAAUUGUAUAACAUUUUAACUAAUUCUGUAACGUAUCAAAAUUUGCAUACAUAUAUUUAUUUGUUCC